AAUGUUAAUUGUGAUGGUAUAUUUCAAUAUAAUUUGUUAUUUUUUAUCAAUAGGGGGCAGUAUUAGCAUACCAAAUGGCAUACCUGUUUAGGAAGUCUGAUUACCACUCUCCAUUUAUACAACUGUCUGGUGUUAAAUUGAGCAACCUCACCAAAGCUGAUAUGCUGAACCUUAUGGUAAAGAAAGAAACUGAGAUUCCAAACACAACCAGUUGGACAAGUAAACUAUUAAUAUACUGUAGGCGGUUCCUUGCUCUCUCAGCUCAAGGCAUUUCCCAAGGACUUUCCGUGGCUGUAUUUUUCCUACAGUUUCUAGAAUGGUGGUAUGCCAGUGAAAAUGAGCAAUCCAGGGUUGCCUUAACCUCGCUCCCUACUCCUCCACCACCCUCAUGUGUAUGUAAAUAAUAGUUGUUUUAUCAU